AUGCCAGUGAUUCUAUUUCGUUCAACACUCGAACCAGUUGAACAAGCAUUGCGUGAUGCUAAAAUGGAUAAAUCAAAUAUUAAUGAAAUAGUACUCGUCGGUGGUUCAACGCGUAUUCCAAAAGUAAAAAAAUUACUUCAAGAUUUUUUUCAUGGUAAAGAACUAAAUAAUUCGGUUAAUCCAGAUGAAGCGGUAGCUUAUGGUGCAGCUGUUCAAGCAGCUAUUUUAAAAGGUGAUAAAUCCGAUGCAGUUAAAAAUGUUCUACUGCUUGAUGUUGCACCACUUUCAUUGGGUAUUGAAACAGCUGGUGGUGUUAUGGCAGCAGUGAUUAAACGUGGUACAUCUAUUCCAUCACGACAAGCACAAACAUUCACAACCUAUUCAGAUAAUCAACCUGGUGUUGACAUUAAAGUUUUUGAAGGUGAACGUAAAAUGACUAAAGAUAAUCAUUUACUUGGAAAUUUUGAAAUGACUGGUAUUCCACCUGCACCACGUGGUGUACCACAAAUUGAAGUUACAUUUGAUAUUGGAUUUGAUGGCAUCUUAAAUGUAUCUGCUGUGGAGAAAUCAACUGGUCGAGAGAAAAAAAUCGAAAUUCGAAAUGAUCAAAAUCGAUUAUCACAAGAACAAAUUCAAAGUAUGCUUAGCGACGCUGAAAAGUAUAAGCAAGAAGAUGAAUUACAACAUGAACGUAUAGUAGCGAAAAAUGCACUUGAAUCAUAUUGUUUUAAUAUGAAAUCAAGCAUUCAGGAUGAUAAAAUUUCAUCGAAACUUUCAGUGGAUGAUAAAACAAAAAUAAAUCAAACAAUUGAAUCGACAUUAGAAUGGAUAGAAUUAAAUCGAUUGGCUGAAAAGGAUGAAAUUGAACAUAAAAUGAGAGAAAUCGAAAAAAUUUGUUCACCAAUUAUGACUAAAAUUCAUAACAACGAUAUGCCAUCGGAUCAUAGUACAUCGAAAUCAAAUGGUAAUGGUCCAACAAUUGAAGAACUUGAUUAA